AUGGGUAGCCAACUUGGGAUGUCUUAUCCUUACGGGGUUUCUCCUAAUCAACCACCUGUCAUACUUUCGAAUGAAUCUAAAAGGGCGACUAUUGAUCCAUCUAUCAACGACAAAGAAUCUCUAACGCCAUCAUCUGUUCCAGCAACUCAGGUGCCACCACACUCAUCACAAGAAGAGCGUGAAGUUGAGCUGGAGGAAAAUGAAUCGAAAAGAAGAUUCUGGUCUCCCGAUGAAGAUGUGGUCCUUGCGAAGUCAUGGGCAACUAUAAGCACUGAUGCAAUCAUUGGUAAUGACCAGAAGGAUCAAGCUUUUUGGAAACGUAUUGGUGAUUACUACAACAAACAUCGCCCCACUGGAUCUAUGACGAGAAGUUAUCAGCGUCUGAAAUCACAUUAUUACAGGGUUCUCAAAGACUACGAGAAAUAUACUCCACAAUCAGAUGCUCAUUACUCUAACAAGAAGGCAAGGACAUCCGAGUCAGGAGGAAACACUUCAACAUCAAAUCCAGAUACAAGUGUUGAUUUAGAUGACUCUGAAGUCCGCAUUCGUCCGAUAGGGCAAAAGGCAGCGAAGAGGAAGGGCAAAUCUAAAGCCAGAGAGGGCGACACAAUGGAACAUAACAUCAACAAAGAAUGGUAA